AUGUCGGAAAUGGCGAAGGACAAACCAAUUCUAUUCCCUGCCAGCGGGCUCAUUUCUCCGGCUUUCGCCGACCACAUCCUCAGGUCCAUCCGCCUCAAUGGCCCGGUUCUGGAGGCCAUGGGUGUCUUCGGUCCUGGAGUGCGCCAUCUUGAACUCAAGCUCGACGAAAAUCUUGGCCUGACUGUGCCUGGCAUGCCCUCCCGCCACAUGUUCGAUAAGAUGUCAGAAGCCGAAAUUGCCGCCGCCAAAGCGAAAGUCUGGGCCCCCGCGGAGGCCAGGAAGAGCAGCACUGGGGAGAUCAGGGUCACCGACAAGAUGCUCAUUGAGCUGAUGGGACUCCUGCUGCCGCACCUCGGAACCGUUCACGUGGCCUACCAGAUGCUUCACGACUAUGUCUCAGUGCUGCUGACUCACGGCGAGGGAAAAUGA